AUGAAUCCAAAUACCCCUUUCAAUGAGCGCUUCUUGAAAAUUCAAGAGAAAUUGAAUUCCAUUCCUCUUCAACAUGAUACUUCUAAAGCUCAUAGAAUUGAUACAAUUAAUUCUAGAGUCACAGCAGUAGAGGAGAGAAUUCAGGAUACAAUUACAUCUUAUAGUAGAAAACUACAUUCUUUGAAAGAUGAAAUAGUGAGACUUCAAAAGCAAAUUGAAGAAGAAAAUAAUGCUUUUGAAACAUAGUUCGAGUAAAGAGUUCGUGAGAUUGCUGCAUUUGAAAGCAGAAUAACAACUAAAUUGGAAUAAGAAAUAGCUAUAAGAAGAGAUGGAAACCUAAAAUUGCAAGGGUAUUUGGAUGAGAAAGUUGUCUACUUGAAAUCUGAUAUUCAGACAGAGGGUAAAAUCAGAUCGGAAUAAAUUGAGAAUAUUACUACAUCAUUAGAAAAUGAUUUGCCUAAGUUGUAUGAUAUGGUGAAAACUGAAGGAUAAGAUAGGGAAGAUAAUGAUAAUGGAACAUUGAGGAGAUCUGGAGAAGAGAUCAGAAGAUUGAAUGAGGGUUUGACCAAUCAAAAGAAGCUACGAGAAGAAUCCGAGACGGCUAUCUUUGAAAUGCUUAAGGACUUAGUUUCUAGAGUGAAGAGUGAGAUUGAAGAAGAAAAGAAACUAAGAGAAGAAUCUCAAGAAUCACUAUUGGGUUUGUUGGAGGAUGCAGCAAAUAAAAUUUAUAGAGCAGCAAAAGAUUGAUAAAUUAUACAAUCAUAUUAAAAUAAAUUUUAUUUAAUAUUAUA